CCAGCGCCCGUCCGUCCGCCUCCUCGAGCCGCCGCGCCACCGCCCGCGCCCACCGAGUCUCAGCGCCUCCGCCGCCGCCUGUUAGUCCAAGUCCGCCCGCAGCCCCCGACACCCAGCGCCAUGAACCAGAUCGAGCCCGGCGUGCAGUACAACUACGUGUACGAUGAGGACGAGUACAUGAUCCAGGAGGAGGAGUGGGACCGCGACCUGCUGCUGGACCCCGCCUGGGAGAAGCAGCAGAGGAAGGUCAGCCGGCGUGCCGUGUCCCCCCGCGUGUCCGUGUCCCCCACGAUCGAGAACAUCGAGGAAGACUUCAGGAACGGCCUGAAGCUCAUGCUGCUGCUGGAAGUCAUCUCAGGGGAGAGGCUGCCCAAGCCCGACCGGGGAAAAAUGCGCUUCCACAAAAUCGCCAACGUGAACAAAGCCUUGGAUUACAUCGCCAGCAAAGGCGUGAAGCUGGUGUCCAUCGGGGCGGAAGAAAUUGUGGAUGGCAACGUGAAGAUGACGCUGGGCAUGAUCUGGACCAUCAUCCUCCGCUUCGCCAUUCAGGACAUUUCAGUUGAAGAAACCUCCGCCAAGGAAGGCCUGCUGCUGUGGUGUCAGCGGAAAACCGCUCCUUACCGCAACGUCAACAUUCAGAACUUCCACACCAGCUGGAAGGAUGGCCUGGGACUCUGCGCGCUCAUCCACCGGCACCGGCCCGACCUCAUUGACUACCCCAAGCUGAACAACAUCGCCCCCCAGUCCACCCCCCCAGCAUGUGUGGGAAAUAUCAACCUGGCCAUGGAGAUUGCGGAGAAGCAUCUGGACAUUCCCAAAAUGCUGGACGCGGAAGGUGUUGUCAACACCCCCAAACCGGACGAAAGGGCCAUCAUGACGUACGUGUCCUGUUUCUACCAUGCUUUCGCGGGCGCGGAGCAGAGAACCGAGAAGUUGCUGGAGACCAUCGACCAGCUGCACCUGGAGUUUGCCAAGAGAGCUGCCCCGUUCAACAACUGGAUGGAGGGCGCCAUGGAGGACCUGCAGGACAUGUUCAUCGUCCACAGCAUCGAGGAGAUCCAGAGUCUGAUCACGGCCCACGAGCAGUUCAAGGCCACGCUGCCCGAGGCGGACGGCGAGCGGCAGUCCAUCAUGGCCAUCCAGAACGAGGUGGAGAAGGUCAUUCAGAGCUACAACAUCCGGAUCAGCUCCAGCAACCCCUACAGCACCGUCACCAUGGACGAGCUGAGGAACAAGUGGGACAAGGUGAAGCAGCUGGUGCCCAUCCGAGACCAGUCCCUGCAGGAGGAGCUGGCCCGCCAGCACGCCAACGAGCGCCUGCGCCGCCAGUUCGCUGCCCAGGCCAACGCCAUCGGGCCCUGGAUCCAGAACAAGAUGGAGGAGAUUGCCCGCAGCUCCAUCCAGAUCACCGGGGCCCUGGAGGACCAGAUGAACCAGCUGAAGCAGUACGAGCACAACAUCAUCAACUACAAGAACAACAUCGACAAGCUGGAGGGCGACCACCAGCUCAUCCAGGAGGCCCUGGUCUUCGACAACAAGCACACCAACUACACCAUGGAGCACAUUCGCGUGGGGUGGGAGCUGCUGCUGACGACCAUCGCCAGGACCAUCAACGAGGUGGAGACGCAGAUCCUGACGAGGGACGCCAAGGGCAUCACCCAGGAGCAGAUGAACGAGUUCAGAGCCUCCUUCAACCACUUCGACCGGAGGAAGAAUGGCCUGAUGGACCACGAGGAUUUCAGAGCCUGCUUGAUUUCCAUGGGCUACGACCUGGGUGAAGCCGAGUUUGCCCGCAUCAUGACCCUGGUGGAUCCCAACGGACAGGGCACCGUCACCUUCCAGUCCUUCAUCGACUUCAUGACCAGAGAGACGGCCGACACCGACACCGCGGAGCAGGUCAUCGCCUCCUUCCGCAUCCUGGCGUCCGAUAAGCCAUACAUCCUGGCGGAGGAGUUGCGGCGCGAGCUGCCCCCGGACCAGGCGCAGUACUGCCUGGGGCGCAUGCCAGCCUACAAGGGCCCGGGCGCGGUGCCUGGCGCCCUGGACUACGCGGCCUUCUCCUCCGCGCUCUACGGGGAGAGCGACCUGUGAGCCCGACGCUGGCCUGCCCACAGCAGGGAAAGACUUUGACGAGCGUGGUUAAGGGAAGGGACAGGGAGAGAUUUUGCGGCUCAGUAAUGGUUUAUGACAUAGUGUGCUUCAUCAGUAGGUUUCUUUAUUUCGGAAUUGUUAGCUAAAUGCGAUGGAAUAUCAGGGUUUUUUGGUUUGUUUCUUUGCUCAAACAAGGCAAAAUCCUUGAGUAGUAUGAAAUGAGGAGGAUCUAGGGACAGAAGAAAAGUACAAAAUGGGAAAUUCCCAAAUACCCAAGAUUUGAGACCAGGAAGAAAAAAUUGAGUAAAUGUUUGAUAUCUUUAAAAAUAUUCUUAAGUAGGCUUAUGUGAUUAUCGUGAGGGGAAUAUAUUUGGGAUAUUCGUGUUUUAUCUUCUCAUCCAAAGAUUAGCGAUAUUUAAGUACUAUUGUUUCUUUAGUUGAAUUUAAUGUUGUGAAACGGAACUUCCAGGGAAUGGAACCAGACGACCCAAAAUAUCUUUAGUACUUAAAAAUUUUUAAAUAGAGUUUAUAGUCAGCUCUUCGUUGUUUAGGACUACGCAGUCCAGUUAGUGGAUUUCAAUGCCUUAUUUAUCGUCCAAAGUAGAGACCUCAGGAAUCACAGAAGCCGGUCUGCUUGCCAGAGAGGAAGCUGUAGUCACUAGGAAAAACGAAUGUGUUAGGAUCACGUACUGAAUCCAGGUUUCUGUGCAUUUCCUAGAGCUUGUUAGCACGGGUUUGGAAGAGAUGACUGUAGGUAAGCGCCUUAAGCCCUUGACUUUCUGACCUGGUCAGGAGGAGUUAGUAGGAAAGGACUCAUCCUUAGCAGCAGUAGAGGUAGAGCUUGCAUCACAGACCUUUACAUAUUUUGGGGGGAUGCUUUUUGUGUAGUAGGAACGACUCGACGUUUUUUGCCAGCACUCAGCGUGCGGUCACCAUUGUGAUUGGUGCCGAGCCCUGGGUCUGGCUGUCUCCACACCUGAGGCCCUGCCACGGAGGACACGCCAUGCUCCCAGCAUCCUUUGCUCUCUUGAAUGUUCAUCUGUUCGAAUGUUUGGGCUGCCUUAUGCUAUAACUCCCCCUCUGUUGUUCCAUCCUGUUGACAGCUUGUAGAGAAGGCAGGAAUUCUGUUUACAUCUGAGUCCUUAAUGAUCAGGAAAGGGAUUAUAAACAAACAAAAAACUGUUGCCAACAGCAAUGCAAGUGUUACUAGAAAAGCAGUCCUGUGCCUGUUGCCCACGGUCUGCUUUCUCAGAUUUUUGGUGGAUUGCCACCAACAGCUGGAAAUGUGAUACUUUCCAUUCAUACCUGUUCGGUAACUUCCUACUUUUACUGCAUUGGCUCAUGUAGAACCCUUAACCUUUAAACAUUUCAUUUGCUUCAUUUUAUUAAGUAGUUGGUAGGUAGCAAGUUCCUGAAAUGCCCGAGUCCCUGUGUGUCAUGCCAAACACUUUGGGUGAUAAGUAGAGGAACUCUGACUCUUUAUUUCCAGCAGGUGCUAUAUUCCAGCCAUAAACAUUAAGGAAACACUGGGAAGUCGUUCUGACUCUGAGGCUCUGAGGGGGACUUGGGGUGUUUUAGGACGCGUACAGGUAGCUCAGCUGCCUAAAAUGUUCAUUGCUUUACAAUAUUCAGGCAAGAGGAUAGAUGUACUAUCUGCUAAUAAAUGAAGAAAGGAGAUAAACUCUGAAAAACACUUAAUAAACAUGUUUAUACUCUCAUCUUAGAAGAUAUUUUUAUUUCUGAAGCUGAAUUAUCCAUUAAACUUAAUUUAUAAAAGAAAAA